AUGAUGAGACGACGGUCCACCGUGGCCGGUUUCUUCACGGCGCUUCUCUACGGCUUUGGUACCCAGGAUGCCAAGGCCCUGGAAUCCAUAGAUGCAAGUGCCUAUCGAUGUUAUCUCGCAAGUAACGACGGAAGGUUCGCUCGUCAUCGGUCAGUAAUCAGCACGAGCCAGUGA